AUGGGCUGGUGUUCUUACCUCGGCCGCGGAACACAGCAAGACGAACCCAGGGCCAACCAACUCCUUCGCGAGAGUAGGACUGCCGAAUUUCCAUUUGGCGAGAGCGCAAUCCAUGGAGAGGAAACGCAAUGUUCCUCCUCGACUGCCACCAGAUUCUUCCAACUGUGCCAGCUUGGAUCGAGUCACGACUGGUUCUGCAAGCACCUGGUUGCGCGCUGCUUGAUUGGCGGGUUCGGAACCACCAAGAACCAACAGCUCGCCGUGCGGUUGCUGCAAGUACUUGCGGACCAAGGCUACGCCAUCAGCCAUUACGUGCUUGCGGAUUGCUACCUGGGGGGUCUUGGCGUUCCCCUGGAUUAUGGGAAAUGCCUCCAGCUAUACCGCCGAGGUGCAGCUCAAGGCCACUUGUGGUCGAUUCUGAAUGUUGGGUUCCGUUACGCCAAAGGUCAAGGUGUCCCGAAUGACAUGACUCAGGCCGCUGAGUGGUAUCGCAAAGCUGCCGAGAGGGGAAUGGCGACUGCGCAGAACUGCCUCGGCAACUGCUACUACGACGGCCAAGGCGUCACCCAGGACUAUGCCAAGGCUGUCGAGUGGUUCACAAAGGCCGCCAAUCAGGGGAAUGCAACUGCUCAGAACAGCCUCGGCACCUGCUACUACGACGGCAAGGGUGUCACCCAGGACUAUGCCAAGGCUGUCGAGUGGUUCACCAAGUCCGCCAAUCAGGGGAAUGCAGAUGCUCAGAACAACCUCGGCAACUGCUACUACAACGGCAAGGGUGUCACCCAGGACUAUGCCAAGGCUGUCGAGUGGUUCACAAAGGCCGCCAAUCAGGGGAAUGCAACUGCUCAGAACAGCCUCGGCACCUGCUACUACGACGGCAAGGGUGUCACCCAGGACUAUGCCAAGGCUGUCGAGUGGUACACCAAGGCCGCCAAUCAGGGGAAUGCAGAUGCUCAGAACAACCUCGGCAACUGCUACUACAACGGCAAGGGUGUCACCCAGGACUAUGCCAAGGCUGUCGAGUGGUUCACAAAGGCCGCCAAUCAGGGGAAUGCAUGGGGUCAGAACAACCUCGGUAACUGUUACCAGUACGGUAAUGGUGUCACCCAGGACUAUGCCAAGGCUGUCGAGUGGUUCACCAAGGCCGCCAAUCAGGGGAAUGCAACUGCUCAGAACAACCUCGGCGAUUGCUACUACAGCGGCAAGGGUGUCCCCAAGAACACCUCCACUGCUAGACUGUGA